UCUUUCCGAUCUAAAUUUGAGGAUUUUGUACUGAAAUUAGCAAAAUUUCCAGCACUAGUAGAAGAUUUUCUGUACAAUAUUUUAACCAUAGAGGAUUUUUUAUCAUUCUUACCUGCACAUGUUGAAAAAACUUUUAACAGAUUUAUGAAUGCAAGCAACAAAAUAUAUCUGAAUCUAUUUGCUGAUGUUUCCAUAGGAAGAGCUGAUCAUUGACAAUGCAUUUACUUCAAAGUCACGUAAUCACAUACUGUAAAUUCAGAAAUUAUUGCGUGCAUUUAUUAUUGCGAUUUUUGAAGAAUGGACAUAAAUGCGAGAUUAAUUAUUGUGAUUUCUGGAAAAUAUGCAUACAGAUAUAUGUAUCGGAUAUCUAAAUGCGAGUUCUUAUUAUUGGGAUACUCACUCAGUCGCAAUAUUCGCAAUAAUAAAAACCUCGCAAUAUUUUCUGAAUUUACAGUAGUAUACUUGGUAUAAGUAAGAUAUUUUUUAAAGAAAGUACAAUAUGGCUGAAGGAAGUUCCACUGAAUCUCAAUUUUCAAAUUCAAGCAUAAAAAGCUAUGUUAGGUUAGGCUUAGUUGCUCAAAAAGAACUUCCAAAUUUACUACGUGAAAUCCUGUUGAAAAAGGAGCCACCUGAUCUUCUUGAGGAUCAUCUUCGCAAAAACAACUUUUUGUCACGUAUUUUUAAUGAACGUGAAAUGAAUAUCAUUAAAAAUGCUUGCACAAACCAGUACAGUGACUUUGACAUACCUCUUAUGUACAAGAUUAUAAGACAUUUAAAGUUAGUGCGUGCUCCAACAGGAGAAUGGCACAACAAGAUUAUACCAACCUGGCGUGAUAUUAGUGUGGGGGAUGAUGUAAACCGAAUUAGAUGGAUCUGGAAUGACAUAAUAUACAUGUACAGAGAAAAUGUCAACUUGACUGACGCUGAAUUACAGAUUUACUUCUCAUUUUUGCAUGACAUAGCUGGUAGACUCGAAGACUUCCUUGAAAAACCAAAACAAUUCGUUAAAAUAUUUAAAAAUAUACAAGCCUGUCAGAUUGAUCAAGAGAUUCAACAAAGAUGCUUAAGCUGGUUGAAAGAUUUGGCUGAGAGUGAAAAUGCAUUAAAUUCUGGUGAUGUUCACAGGGAUUGUACUGCUCUUAAGGUAGUGCAGGAUUUUCAAAGGAAGGUAUUCACACUGCCGUAUUCCAGAGAAGAAAUAAUCCCAGAGAAAAGAAGAGAUGACAUCAAAAUGAAGAUAGAGAAAUGGAGAAGUAUGGAUGAAAAGUUUGUGGCAACAAGAGCUGCUGAUAAUGCCAUGAAAUGUAUAGAAGAAAAUGGUUGUGUGACCAUAACAGGCAAUGCAGGGGUAGGAAAAUCAUUCAUAGCUCAACAUAUAGCUCUUGCAUUAGAGAAAGGCGGCCACCAGAUAAUACCAGUUUUAAAACCAUCAGACAUUAUAGAUUUCUACCACCCUCAUAAAUUUCAGCUCUUUGUAGUAGAUGACAUUUGUGGGAAAUUUACUGCAAACCAACAACAAAUUGAAAAUUGGCGACAACUGAUACCUGUUAUUGAAACAAUAAUGGCAGGCAAAUGGUGUAAAAUUAUUGCCACAUGUAGGUUAAAUGUGUUCAAAGAUGAUAAGUUUAAUAUUUUAUCUCCUUUUAAGACUUGUGAAUGUAACUUGACCACAGAAGACUUAUUUCUUACAUCUGUUGAGAAAGCAAGAAUAGCAGAAGUUCAUAUUGGUACAUGUAUCAAAGAUCUAGAUGAGAUAUCUAAACAUCAUGAGUACUUUCCUCUUUUGUGUAGUUUGUAUCAGGAAAAAGAAGGGUUGGAUGUUAAAGAGUCAUUCUUUAGCAAUCCAUUUGAAGUCUAUAGAAAUGAAAUAGACAACAUGAGUAGACAAGGGGAUGAAGAGAAGUUUAAAGUAUGCGGCCUUGCUUUGUGUGUUCUCUUCAACAACCAGUUGAAAGAAACAUGGUUUCACAGUUGUAAAGUAACAGACCAACAAAGGCAGAUCUUGGAAGAUACAUGUGUAGGUUGUAGAUUAAACAAAGAAACAUCAAAAGUAGACCUGAAAGAUGCACUGGAAAAGUUAGAGGGUACAUUUGUUUGUAAACAAAAUGGGGUUUAUAGUAUCAUACAUGAAGUACUCUUUGACUGCCUGGCUCAUUACUUUGGUCAGAGAAUGAUUGAAUGCCUGAUAGAGCAUGGUGAUUGUGAUUUCAUCAAUAAACGCUUUCUGUGGAAGAACUUACCAGAUGAUCAGGGGAGUAAUGUUGAAUUACUUAUCCAGAUACCAGAUGAUAAAUUAGAUUUGUUUCUAGAAAGACUUGUACAGGACUGGUCUGCCGGCAAAGUUUUAAAUUUGUUUAGCAACAACAAUAUGAAAGAACAAGCAUUCAGAUAUCAGUUGCUGCAAUACUUAGAACGACUUGACAAAUCUCAACAGAUUAAACUGUCCAAUACGAAGAAUACAGUGACACCAGAAGACAUUUGUGACUUAGAAGCUUAUCCACUGAUAUGGGCAUCUUAUUUUGGUUAUAGCAAUAUGGUGAAGUGGUUGUUAGAAAACAAAGUGAACGUGGAUCAUUGUAGACAUGAUGGAGUAACUGCUUUGUACAUGGCAUGUCAAAAUGGUCACAAUGCAAUUGUACAGCUGUUAUUGGACAAGAAUGCUAAUGUCAAUCUAUAUAAUGAAGGUGGUAUGACUCCACUAUAUAUUGCAAGUAAGAAUGGUCAUUUAGAUAUCGUCAGGAUGUUGUUAGAGGAGAAUGUUGAUGUGAAUCUGUAUGAUAGAGAUGGCAGGACUCCACUAUAUGUGGCAUGUGACGAUGGUAAUACAGCUGUGGUAUCUGCAGUACUAGAGAAGAAUCCUGACGUCAAUCUUAGUGAUUCAGAAGGAGAAACUCCUCUGAACAUAGCAUGUUAUAAAGGUCUUACUGAUGUGGUAUUUGCAUUACUUGAGAAAAAUCCUGAUGUCAAUCUGUGUAAUAUACUUGGGGAUACACCUCUAUCCACGGCUAGCGGGGAAGGUCACAAUGAUAUUGCAGGGGCAUUACUAGAUAAAAACCCUGAUGUGAACUUGUGUGAUGACACUGGAGGAUCAGCCUUGUUUUUGGCAUGUCAGAAAGGUCACACUGAUUCUGUGGCCAAAUUAUUACAGAAGAAUCCUGAAAUCAAUCGGUUUGAUGAAUUCUACAACGACACUCCAUUAACCACUGCGUGUGAGAAAGGAUACACUGGUAUUGUUGCUUUGUUAUUACAGGAGGAAGCUAUUGAUGUUAAUCUAUGUGACAAACAAGAUAAACUAAAAACUCCUUUGUCUUUAGCAUGUUGUAAUGGUCAUACUGAUAUUGUGCGUUUGUUAUUGGAGAAGAACUCAGAUGUUAAUCUGUGCGAUAGAAGUGGUAACAGUCCUCUUUACUUGGCUUGUAGUAAAGACUAUAUUGAUAUUGUCAGGAUGCUCCUUGAAAGCAACCCUGAUAUUGAUUUAUGCAAUGAAGAUGGAGAAACCCCCUUGAUGAUUGCAAUCCAGAAUGGUUGUACUGAUAUUGCAUGUAUGUUGCUUGAAAAGGAUGCAGAUGUGAAUCUAUAUGACAGCAGUGAAACAUCAACUUUAUAUUGGGCAUGCUUAGAAGGUUAUAGAGAAAUAGUCUCUAAAUUAUUAGAGAAUGGUGCUGAUGUAAACCACCCUAAUGAUGAUGGUUCGACACCUCUAAUUGCAGCUUGCCAGGGCAACUAUAAUGAUAUAAUCCUUAUGUUGAUAGAACACAAAGCUGACAUUAAUAAACAGAUGUAUGAUGGAGAUAAUCCACUUAUAUCUGCUACCCAUAAUGGUUACCCAGAUGUUGUAGAAGUUCUGCUUACUCAUGGUGCGGACAUUAACAGAAGUCUACAUAAUAAACACGUGUUGACUGGAGCAAUUCACAACCUCCCAAAUAGAAUUUUACCAAGUGUAAAACGUGAGUGGUACGAGGAUGUAAUGAUGAGCUUUGGUUCUUCAGUUACUAAAGAAUACUUUACAGAGAAAUCAGUAGACUAUGUGUUUGAUAUUUUUGCCGGUUCACACCCUCUUCAUAUUGCUAGUUUCAUGGGUCAUACAGAUAUAGCCAGACUCCUUCUAGACCACAAAGCAAAUGUCAACGUAAAAAAGAAGGAUGGAACUACAUCAUUAUUCUAUGCCUGUGAAGUAGGACAUGAAGAUAUUGUAGAGUUAUUGUUAGAAAAAGGUGCUGACCAGAAGAUUUGUAGAAAGGACAAAACCUCACCUGUUGACAUUGCUACACGAAAUGGACAUGACUCUAUAUUAAUGAUGCUUAAGGGAAAGCAAUGAAAAAAAUAUGCUUAAUGCAUUUUCUGUGGAACAGGUCAACUUUGACCUUCCUGAGCACCUGAGUCACCUUUGGUAUUAUUGAGAUGUAGGAAAAGUAAAUGACAUGGAGAUCUGUAGAAAGGACAAAACAUGGACAUAACUUUUUAGUAAUGAUGCUUGAAGGAAAACAGAUAAUAAUUUUUUUUGGAGGAGAAAUGUUCACGAUCACCUGAGUUCAUUAUUUGUUUUUAAUGACCGGAUGUUGUUGAUCAAUUUUUAGUUUUCUGUUAAUUGUAUUGUGGAUUAUUGCAUGUGGUCCUGAUGUUGUCUGUCUGUCUUCAAAUUAGGAUUAUUUGUUGGCCUGUGUUAUGUUCUUGCCUGUAAUACAUUUGGUGCUACUCAAGUUUUAUAUUUUUUUCUAACAUUUCUGUUCUCCAUUUCUCUUUUUUUUUUACACUAGUACAAUUCUGGUGCGCUUUCGCAUUGUAAUAUUUACAUUUCAUUUUUGUAUAUUUUCUUUUCAUCCAUUCAUUUUGCACUGUAAAAUUAUGUUUUAAAAAACUCAUGAAAGAUACCAAGCUUAUAAUUUUGUACAAGAUGCGAUUCAAUUAUACAAGACUCAUCCAUAAGGUAAAAUAAAUGAAAAGACCAAAUAAAUACGAAGUUAAAUGAGCAUUUAUUAUUGAGGACCAACAAUUUACAGUUACAGUAUAUUUAACAUGUACAUUUAAAUAUGCAUUCAUCAUUGUAACAUAUAUAUUUCACUAAUUUUGUUAAAGAAAACUGGUAUUCUAAUCCACUGCCAUUGUUUCCAAUUGCUUAUAUACAUGUAUUUAAAAAUAACUGUACUUGAUAUAUACUGACAGACUUAAAAAUAUUGUGUAUUUUUUGUGGAGCAGGAAUUUGCUACUCUACUGAGUUGAUUUUCUAUGUUUUAAGGGAUGCUGUUGCCAAAUCAUUGGUUUUUCAGGACAAUUUAUUUUGUCUUUUUUUAAUUCUGGCAUUCUUUCAUGUUGUUUGUAUGUCUUUAAAGUAAGAUUUUGUUUAUUGCUGAAUUGUAUCUGCUUACCUCUACUGGUUUUUGGUCUUACAUAUGUGCUCCAUUUUUGCUGAACAAGAUAUUUUUCAGUGUCAUUAGCCCAUGCUAUAUCCACAUUUUCAUUUUUGUAUGUAUUUAGCUGUGGAUUUCUCAUUGUUACAUUUUCAUUUCAAGGGUUGUACCUUUAUUUCAGAUAUAUUUACAAUGUAACAUACAUAUUUUGAUACUUUUGACCAAGAAAAAUUGAUAUUCUAUUCUGUUGCCAUUAUAUUCAAUUCUUACUUUUCAUUAAUAAACGUUUAAAGAAUGUUGUAUAAACCAAACCGCCUGGUGAAUAAAAACACAAUGGUAAAUCUUACAACUUAUGUAAGAUUGCUUAUUGCUUUUCCAAUUUAAGUGUAACUACCUGAUCAGUUUUUAGGUUUACCUAUUUUUUUGAUGUAUGGAAAAAUGUUGAAAUCUUCAUUUAGAAGGGUCAAAAUAUCACUAAUUUCCAAUGGCAGAAAAUAUCAAGAAAUGUAUUUAAUUGUAUAUGUAGUUUUGAGGUCAAAAGGUAUAAAUUUUUCAUUAAAUUAAAAUAUUUUAAAAAACAAUCCAGUUUUUUUUAAAAUGAUUCAAGCACUAUGCAAAUUUUUAUGUUGGUUAAUUUUAAUGAAAAAAUAUGUCAUGUUUCAAAAAUCUGAUACUUAAAAAAAAAUGAACUUAGUAUUGCAUUUAAAAGCAUUUUAGUAUACAUUGGUGCUAUAUACAUGAUAUAAGUAAAUGCAUGCCAUGGUAUUUUCUUUACAUACUUAAGUUUUAUGUUUGUCUUUACAAAUAUGAGUUACAUUAUUUUGUUUACAUUUAAUUUAUUGAUUAUACUUUUUAUAUUUUUGUUCAAUUUUUAAUUCAGUUGAAUCAUACAAAUAUCAUAUUGUGUUCAUAAAAAGAUAUGCUGAUACCCAGCUGGCUGUUUGUAAAUCUACAUCUGUGGUUUCUCUUUCAGGAGCAGAAUGCAACUAUUUAAUAUUAACUUAAAAAUUGUGCAAUGCUUUUUAAAAUGAUAAACACAAAGAGUCAGAUAAUAUUCACAGUGCCAUUGUAUUGAAAUUAAGAAUACUUUUAGUUGUGUUAUAUUUUUUUUUCUUCGAAUUUUUGUUUUGUUUUGUAUUGUUAGUUAUAAUUUGAUACUCAUUAGUUGGCAUAAUUGUAAUAUAUACAUAUAAGAAACUAUAUAAACAUGAAUAUAUUGUGCAUAUUUUAAUAAUAAUUAAUGCUCUUGUACUCAUAUGUUGCCAUACCCUCAGUCAGAGUUGACCUUGGACUGUUUUGGUGUUUUUUUUAGGGUUUUUUUUCAGAAGCUCUGAAACAUUUAGAUAUUUGGCUUCUUCACACUGGAAUGUAUCUGAUGAAGUUUUAAAAAAAAUGGUCACAUGUUUUAUGAAAUAGUGUGUAGCAUAUUGUAUUUGCUUAAUAUUUUUGUAUAUACUGCAUGAUUUUUUACAUUUCAAGACUUUGAUAGUGCAUUACUUCCAUGAACUCUAUAUUGUACAAUUAUUUUGAAGGAUCACAAUUUAUUUUACAGUGUUAAGAUUGUCUAAACAUUGAUUGCAAAUAUCUUAUUUUCUAUAGAAAGUUGAAUCUGUAAAAAAACAGAAAAUGUUGUUCUUCAAAAUUUCAUAUGUGUUUCAAUUCUAAAAAAAACUUCAUCAUAGAUAAUAGGCUUAUUAUUGAGCAAAUCUUUAAGACUCUAGAAAAAUGUGUUGCCAUUUUGUGCAAUAAUAAGCAGUAAAAAUGUUUAACAAAAAUACAGAACUCCAAGGCAAUUUGAAAAAGGGGAAGUCCAUAAAAACUGACAAAAUCAAACGCUAUUAGUCAAUUAAACAAGUGAAAAACAACUACCAUAUUCCUGACUUGGUAAAGGCAUUUUCCAAAGAAAAGUAAUUUUGACUCAUGUUAUUUAGAAUUUAUAAAUUUUCAAAAUUCACUAUUAUUGGUCAAACUUAACACCUUUCUAGUAUUUUUUUUUUUUAGAAUAGUUCAACUUUAAAAUAAACUCAUCAUAGAUACCAGGAUUAAAAUUUUGAAUGCCAGACGGACAUUUUGUCUAAAGAAGACUCAUCUGUGACGCCUGACACAAAACUGUUACAUGUAAAAAGGCCAAUAGAAUAGGAAGUUGAAGAGCAUUGAGGACUCACAAUUCUGUAAGGUUUUUCCAAAUACAGCAAAGUUAAUAUUUUCCUAAGGUAGAAAAUCCUUAUUAUUUUGAAAAAUACAAAGUUUUGUAAUUAGUUAAGAUAUAGAACCAGUUUUUACGAUACAAACAAAGGUUAAAAUUUGAUAAUUUCUAGGAUAUGAUUUUUAGUGUUGCACUAUUAGAGUCUCUAUUUUAGCAUUGAUAGUUGUAUAUUUUAUAUAAUUACCAUCCUUUAAUACUUUAUGAUUACAUAUAUAUUUAUUAUACUUAAUGUGAAAAUGCAGGAUUCUGAUUGGUAAAUAAGAGGGGGACAAUUUACUCUAUUCCAUGGCAAAGAUUCUAUUACCCUUCAUGGAGAUGCUUGAUCAAUUGUGCGCUUUAAUGGGUGGUUGUUAUGUACAAGACGUCAUAGUUUAUUAAUUAAUAAUUUAAUAGACAGUGAUAACAGAACAUUCAGUAUAAUAAAUUAAAUAACACAUAUCUGAGAGGGUGAUAGAGCAGAUUGUUACCCCUUGAAAAGACAUUGUCAACCUUGGGUUCGCCUCAGUUGACAAUGUUUUCUCUGGUUAACAAUCUGCUCUAUCAUCCUCUCAGCUAUGUGUUAUUUAUAUAAUAUAUAUGUUUAUUACAUGCAUACAUUAUGCAUCCCUUUGUGACUUUUUACCUUUACUUGAUGUAUUUUAAUGAUGUCUAUCACAUUUUUUACUUAUUUUAAAAAGAAAUAGAAAUGACUGUAAACUUGCUUUAAAUGUAUGAGUUAGUAUAAAGAAUGAUCCAAGAUGAUAAUUAGGAUUUAUUAUUAAAUUUAUUAAAAGGACAAGGAAUGAAAUCAAUAUGAUUAAUGCGAUUAUUAAUAUUAUCUCUUUAAAAAUGUUUAUGGUAUGACAAGUGCUCUACUUUGAGCAAGAUUAAAAGUUGUUAAUACCAGUUUUUGAUAUGCAUGUUAAGGAGUUAACAGCAUUUAAGAACUUGACCUUCAGAUUUGAAGAAUUUGUCAAAAAACACUUUCACAUAAGAACUAGAAUUUUUUAAUUCUUUUCGAGCCCAACCAGGAUGUUAAACUAAGUAACAGAGUUUUGAUAAGUUCUCAUAAUGGUAUCUUAAAUGGUUAAAGUCUGACCUGUCGGAUAUGAAUAUCUAUCCUAAAUUAUAGAAGUCUUCCAGAAAAAAAACAUUUAUGAAAAAAUCAAAUGUGCCAUAUUAAUGUUAAACUCUUCUGCAAAUCAUUUGUUUUUUGUUAAGUGAACUGUUGUAUACAAAUUUUUUUCUAAAUGAGGAAUUAUUUAUGCUUUUACAUGUUUACAUUAUAGUCUGUGUCAUUUUUUAAGAUGUAUACUUUUAAGAUCAGUGCAUACUAAAUUUAUAAAUACCUUGUUUAGUAGGUAUAUGUCUUCAAACUUUUUCUUUUGUGCAAAACAAAAAUUGUCACUAUAAAUAUAAAUUAAUUCACCCUUUAAUGACAUAAUCUCUUUAAGGUUGAUACAUCCAGAUAUUCAUACACCCUUGACUUUCAAUAUUUUGGGUUUUUAGUGUUUAAAGGAGCAUAAGCUACGAAAUAUAUAAAAAAAAAUAAUAUAUGAUUUUAUGCGAUCACUCUGGUUUUGGAGAUGGUACAGAAUACUAAGUUGAAGACAUAUCAUGAAACUAAUUAUGUGUUUUUAUGACUUGCAGAAACUUUCUACGCCAUUUAAAUCAUUAACUGACAAUUUUUGACAUGUUAUUUGCCCUUAGAUUAAGAAAAGAUUGGUCGAACAACCCUUUUAUUUUAGAUCUACACUUGGAUAUAGUUCCUUUGUAAAUCAGAAUUUAUAAUGAAUUUUCCUUGGAGUUCGGUAUUUUUGUUAUUUUACUUUUUACUAUUUAUAAAUUAAUGUGAAAAAGUAUUUGUACAUCAAUUGAAUCAGUUGAUAAGAAUUUUGAAAGUAUUAUAUUAGUAUCUUAUGCUUGUGUAAGUUAUUGUUCAAUGAAAUUCGGGUCAACAUUUGUAUUAAUAUAUCUAAGUUGAUUCCAACACUUUUUUGAAAUGGUAUUACUCCAAUUCUUUCCAUAGGCAAGUAAGAGUUUGUAUGAUUAUCAACUGAUUUUCAAAUAAUUACACUCAAAUGUGUAAGUAUUAAUUGGAAACAAUUCCAGUCUUAAUUCACCACAGUUAAUAUCUCAUGACCUGUUACAUAAUGAAAUAGGCACAAUUUAUUUUGAUCUACACUACAUUGAAAUAUUCUGUUAAUUUUGCUAGCUAGCUUAAUGAAUAAUCAGAUGUGGUUUUUUUUCAAAGAAAAGACAGAAAAUGAAAAAAAUAUGUAUAAAAAAUGCAAGCAAAUUUUAUUUCACUUGUAAAAUCAGUGUCAUUAUCAUCUGACAAUAUGAUCAAAAUGUUCUUCUACAGUUUCAGAAAAUAUCAAAAUAUCAUCUAUAUACGAGAUAGCAAAUUUUAGAUCUUGUAAGACUAUUUCCAUCAAUUGACUAAAUACAGCAGGACUAUUUUGUAACCCAAAUGUCAUAACAUUAAAUUCAAAAAGUCCUCGAUGACAAACGAAUGCUGUUUUUGAUUUAUCUUCGUCUGUCAUUUGGACUUGCCAAAAUCCACUGCGAAGAUCGAUUAGGCUAUAGAACUUUGCAGCCCCUAAAAGGGUCAAUAUAUCGUCGAUAACCGGUAACGGAUAUCGGAUCGCUAAUGAAUUAGAGUUUAAAUUUCUGAAAUCAAUGCAGAAACGUGUGGUUUUAUCCUUUUUAUCCACUAAUACUACUGGUGACGAAUAAUUACUGUUAGACCUUCGAAUAAUGUUUGCUUCUAACAUGUCAGUUAUUGCCUUAUUGACUAUUUCCCUUUUUUGUAAUGGAGUUCGAUAUUGUUUCAAUUUAACUGGGGGAUUAUCACCCGUGUCAAUCCUCAUUUUAACAGUGUCAGUUUGACCUAACUCAGUAUCCUUAAAAGCAAAAACAUCUCUAUUAUUGUUCAAUAUUUGUAACACCCUACCCCUAUAAGCAUCAGGAACACUAAGAUCAGUUUCAAAAACAUUUUCAAUUUCAGAGUGUUCUUGAGUAGAUUCAAGUGAGACAACAUUUUCUUCUAAAACCGGUGAAGCCCUGCCUAUUGCUAUGCCCCUUCUAAAUUUAUAAGUUCUAUUCGUAGUAAUAACUAUAAGAACUGGCAUUUGACGUUUUUCAUUCAUUUUUGCAACUGAAUUAGCAACCAUUAAACCUUGUUGAGAACUCAAAUGCCCCUUAGUAAUUGGUGAAAUUUCAAAAGAUUUAGAACUUGAAAAGGUAUAAUUUUUAUUACCCUUUACAUAACAGAUAUUGCUAGUCUGAGGUUUGAAGACAGUGGUACGAGCAAGGCUAACAAUUGAAGCUAUGUGAAUAUCUUCUACUAAUGGUACAUAAGUUUUAUUUACCCUUAAACACCCCAAAUCAAAAUAAACUCUUAACACCAAAUUUAACUAACCAAUCACGGCCCAAAAUUGCAUUUCUGUUCAUGUCAGAUACUACAUAAAAGGUAUGAUUCAUUUUGUUUCCUUUCAUGUUAAAGUCUAAAUUUAUACUUCCCAAAACAUUUAAAGAAGCCCCGUUAACUCCUUGUAAAUUGACUUUUCUUUUUUCUAAUUUUGGUAAUCCUUUAAUUGAAUUGUAAAUUUUAUUAUGCAAUAAAGAUACUGAAGCUCCACUGUCAAUUAAACUUCUAACUUUCAUAUGUGCUAAUUUAAUCAAACAAGAAUUUGGAUUUCCCGCUAAAUUAAUUUCAAAAGUUUCUACUUGAUCAGUUUCACUUUGAGUUUGUUUUCGGUUAUGUUAUCCAAAGGUAUUUGUUCAUGAUAAGGUUCAAUGUUUCUAUUUUGUACGUUUGAAUUUCGCGCUCUAGCUACUUUAUUUCUGUUAAAUUUUGAAUUUUGCGCCGUUUGUACUUCGUUUACUUCCGGUUUUGAAUUAAAAUUUCGCGCCAUUUUUACUUUGUUUACUUCCGGUUUUGAAUUAAAAUUUCGCGCCAUUUUUACUUUGUUUACUUCCGGUUUUGAAUUACGAUCGUUUGAAUGUUUAAAUUAACUUUUAUUCCAGUGAUAGGUAAAAUUGUUAGAACAUGCAUUAUUAAAGUUUGUUGAUUUGUUAUUUAAUUUUUUUAACCAUGAUUCAUAUAUAUUAUAUACAGGUUUUGUAUUUCCAUAAUUAAUUUUUCUCUCAAACAUCUUAUUUCCCCUAAUUCCCUUAAACGUCUCCCUAUUGGCUUCAGCAUAAAGAGACCGUCUUAGUUUAAAUUUUCUCUUGAUUUCCCAAAUUGUUCAUUUGGUCUUGCCCUUCAAUUUCUUUGAUAAUGACCUGGUUUACCACAGUUCCAACAGAAGAAUGUUCCUCUUGUUUGUCCUGUUAAGUUAGGUUUAUUUUGGACAGAAUUAACUCUUUUAGGAGGAUAUGAAUUUACAUUAUUACUUAGCGUGUUGUCAUUAAAAUUCCUUCGGGGCACAUGUAAUUCGGCAAGCGAACUUACUGUGUUUACAUGAAAGUUUGCUUUAUUAUCCCUACAAUAUUUUGCUUUAUGGCCAAAUCGCUUACAAUUGUUAUAUUUUUCACCUAUUUCUCGGUAAUGUGAUAUGUCCAUUGGUGUUAUAUUACGCUCAUUGCCGUUACUUUUUUUCAAGUCAAACUUUCGUCUUAAUUGCGUUUCAGCCAUUGCCGAGUUUACUGCUUGAGCCAAAGUUUGUGGAUUUUCACGCAUUAUUUUCAUUCUCAAAUAAUCUUGAUACAACCCGUUUAUGAAAAAGUUAACUAAUUGAAGUUGAACAAUUGGUUGAUUGAUAUCUUGCCCUCUAAAAGCAUCUGUUGCCAAAGUUAAAAUUCGUUCUCCAAAUAUGGGAACAUUUUCACCAACUUUCUGAUUAACCUUAUUCAGAAGUUCGAAUGCAUAUGAUGCAUCAGGAAUAUGCCCAUAACGAAAAUUCAAUUGAGUUUUUAGAUUAUCCCAACUGUUAUUUCCUAUAUCUGUUUCUCUUAACCACCUAGCAAUGAAAUCACUUACUGGCCCUACAGAAGUUUGGUACCAUUUUACAAUCGUUCGGAUUUAAAUUGGUAAUGAUUGCAUAUUUUUCUAUGGAUCGAAUCCAUUGAGAAUAUUUUUCUGAAUUUGAACCAUCAAAGCCUACAACUAUCGAAUUGACACCGUUUGCAGUUAAUUUUUGAGUAAGACUUUGAACUUGUGUUGCUAAAUUUUGAAAAACUAACCCUACAUUAAAUUCUUGUUCAGCCAUUUUUGAGAAUAUAGUUAUUAAGAUUAUCAAAUAAAAUUUCACUGUACCUUUCUUUAGAAUUCGUCCUGGCACGGUACACCAAAAAGACUGUGUAACACAACAAGAUAGUUAGUUAACAGUUUAUUUAAUGCCGGUCUGGAACGGAAUCCAUAACAGACAAGGUCCAUAACGGCCGGUCUCUCUUCUAACAGUACAUUGUACAAGCAACAGUUUAUCAAAAUUUCUAUUACUUUGACAAUAAGUUUUUAUUUUAAAGAUACACAGAUGAAUAUCUUUCAAGCUGACUUUAAUUGACAUGUUUUUACCAAUCUGGACAAUUUAUAGUUGUGAAUCUUGCGUAUGUCCAGUUCAUUACUUAAUUGUUUAAUAUUACAGUAUAACAUGUCAGCAUAUGGCCUACAUGUGUACAUGUACUUAUAUUUAUAUGUAAUCUUAACCUUGAAUUAAAACAAUCAGUCUAAAACUUAUUUGUAUAAUUUUCUUGAUAGAUAUUUCCGUGUGUUAUUUUAUUCAAUGAAUUUUAUUAAACAUAUUAAGAAUAUA